AUGGCGACACGUAGCAUCACGAGACAAUCCGGCAGACUUGGUUUCAAGAGGAGCUCUACCUUUGAGUCUAAUCAACAAUCCGUUAUGGAAGACCGGUCCGGAAUGGCUCAAAUAGCACGAGACCAAAUGGCCCAAGCUCGACUCAGACUUACUGGAGAUUCCAGAACAAAGAAAGACAACUGUGCUGAAGGCGGAGUGGAGGUUCGACGUGCAGCGACAAUUUUCAAGGAUUUCUUUGCUUCAAAGGGUGAUGGCAUGGUGUUUAAGAUUUAUGAACAAUUGUCUUGGGAAAGGAAAGACAAGAGUGGAGUUCUGCGAGUAGGAGGCAGGCUAGUGCAUGCGGAUCUGAAAUAUGAGCAAAAGCAUCAAAUCAUUUUGCCACAAAGACAUCACGUAACCGAGUUAAUUAUUAGAAAUGCUCAUCUUUCAUUGCUGCAUGCGGGGCCUCAAGCAACCCUAUAUUACAUUAGACAAAGGUAUUGGCCAGUACGUGCGAGGAGUCGUAUAAGGCAGAUCAUUCACGAAUGUGUGAUAUGUUUUAAAGUAAAACCAAGAAUGUUAGAAUACAAAAUGGGUGAUCUUCUCAAGGAAAGAUCAAGACUUAUGUGCCCUAUCGCGAACUCGAGUGUUGACUACUGCGGUCUCUUUUGGAUCAAAGAGAAGAAAGAACGCAAUAGAAAUAAGGUAAAGGUUUGCGUAUCCACAUUCGUGUGUCUGUCAACAAAGGCCGUGCAUUUGGAGUUGGUCAGUGACUUGACUACCGAAGCGUUUCUUGCAGCUCUAAAAAGAUUCUUCAGUCGUAGGGGUAAGGCAAAUUUUAAUGUCAGAUUGUAA